CGCUCGCAUGCAAAUAUCAUUUCCAAAACAGCUGCAAUGUACGCCUACGGAAUGGCAGGAAAACCUUAUUGAAUACGGCUUGGCCUUUUCUUGCUGCCUUUGAUCGACUAAGUAUCGAGACUGCUUUCUUCACCAUGUCUUUGAGGAAAGUUUUAAACGCUACGUCAGGUUUGACAUGAUUUACCCCUGAAAAAACCCCACAAAGGAACACAUCUCAGUAUGGCCAAGGAUCACAAACAAACAUCUGCUCUUCAAAAUCUCUCAAAUAUUCCUUAUGAUGAUCAACUUUUCAAUGCAAGCCACAGAUCUGCAAAGCCCUUAUCUCCAUCUGACCAGAGCUGUUGUGAUGGGAAGGGGUUCCACAUGCAUCCCAAGCGAUACCUUGUCGCUGUUCUAGCACUCUUAGGCUUUGCAAAUGUAUAUGGCAUGAGAGUCAAUUUAAGUGUAGCAUUGGUUGCUAUGGUUUCUAACCAUACAAGGUUGCGGGAUGGAAAAUGGGUUGAUGAGAUGCCUGAUUUUGAAUGGGACUCCAAACUACAAGGAAUUGUCCUUGGCUCAUUUUUCUAUGGUUACAUUGUGACACAGCUUCCUGGUGGCUUGCUUGCCAAGAGAUUUGGUGGAAGGAAUCUGUUUGGUAUUGGAAUAUUCUGCACUGCCGUUUUCACUCUUCUGACACCUGUAGCAGCGCACGCUCAUGUUGGUGCAUUAAUUGCACUCAGAGUACUCGAAGGCCUUUGUGAGGGUGUAGUAUUCCCUGCCAAUCAUGCCAUUUGGAGUAAAUGGGCCCCUCCACUUGAACGCAGUAAGCUGACAACUAUAGCCGUGUCAGGUGCACAUAUUGGGACAGUUCUAGCUAUGCCAUUGUCAGGAUUUCUUGCUCAGCGGUUUGGCUGGUCAACAAUAUUUUAUGUGUUUGGUGUUUUUGGAAUCAUUUGGACGUUAUUGUGGUUUAGUAUCGUGAAGAACUCCCCUUCAGAAGAUCCAAGAAUCACAGCCAAGGAACUGAACUACAUCCUUAGCACCUUGGGACGAGAUGCCGCAGACACCAGGGACCUGAAGAUCCCAUGGAAAGCCAUCUUCACUUCUGUCCCCGUGUGGGCGAUAGUGGUGGCCCACUUUAGCGAAAACUGGGGUUUCUAUACCAUGUUAACAGAGCUUCCUUCAUAUCUCAAACACAGGCUGCAGUUUGAUAUCACUCAUGCUGGCUUCAUCUCCGCCCUACCGUACUUGAUCAUGUCCAUCUUCGUGCAGCUAGGCGGACAUCUUGCAGACUGUCUGCGACGCAAACAGAUCCUUACCACCACCGCAGUGCGUAAGACAUUCAACACCGUCGGUUUCGUCACACAGGCGAUCUGUCUUGUCGCCGCGGGGUAUACCACUGACUGGAUGACCGCGGUCGCAUGUCUUACUGUUGCCGUCGGGGUGGGCGGGCUCGCGUUCAGCGGUUUCUUUGUCAAUCAUCUGGAUAUCGCGCCACAGUUUGCGGGAAUCCUGCUAGGAAUCAGCAACACUGUGGCCACCAUUCCAGGAAUCUUUAGUCCCCUUCUAACGGGCUACAUUGUACAGACUCAGGCUGCGGUCGAGUGGCGGAUCGUGUUCUAUAUCGGCGGCGCCAUUUACGCCGCGGGUGCGGUAUUUUAUGCGGUUUUCGCUUCCGGGGAGAAACAGACGUGGGCUGACGACCAGGAGUUUUAUGAGGAGAUCCUUAUGUCGCACGAGGCUGAGGAAGAAGACGACGGCGAGUAGAUUCGUUAUUUAACAAAUAAAUCUAUUUUUUGCGUGCGUCUGUCCUAGACAGAUGCACAGAUGACGUCACAGCGUGGCCUAAAUGAAAAAGUACCUACGACAGUCGAGUUGCGUGACUGUUGUUUAUAGCACAAUGUGACGUUUUUUUUCUGCAUCUGUUAGAGUACAGAGGCACAGAACAAUGACAUCUGUGUGUUUUAUACACAAUCAACAAUGACAUCUGUGUGUUUUAUACACAAUAAACAAUGAGAUCUGUGUGUUUUAUACACAACCAACAAUGA